AUGUUUGGUUUGCUGUCAACCUUUGUUUCUAAAAUAUUACACGGUAUUAAAAUGCUAGCUGAAAUAGGAGUAUCAUUUGGAGCAUUAGUAUUAUUAGGAUUCUAUACUUAUCAAAGUAAAUUAAUCUAUCCUGCUUCGUUGAAUGAUGGUCAUGGGUAUUGUGCUACUCCAGAUGAAUAUGAAAUGCCAAAUUAUGAAUUGGUUCAACUUAAAACUGAAGAUGGUGAAACUCUUCAAUGUUAUCUGAUUAAACAUGAUAAAAAUGAAGCUGAUUAUAGUAAUAAAACUAUCUUAAUCUUAUCUCCCAAUGCAGGUAAUAUCGGUCAUGCAUUACCUAUCGUAUCAAUCUUUUAUAAGAAUUUCGGGUACAAUGUAUUCAUCUAUUCAUAUCGUGGUUAUGGUCAAUCAACAGGAACAGCUUCUGAAAAAGGGUUAAAAAUCGAUGCUCAAAGAGUUAUAAAAUAUCUUAGUGAAGAAGAUGAACAAUAUCAACAAUCAUCAAUUGUAUUAUAUGGGAGAUCAUUAGGUGGAGCAGUGGCGAUAUAUAUGGCAUCGACCAUGUCAGAUGCUAUAAGUGCUGUCAUAUUGGAAAAUACCUUUCUUUCUAUAAAGAAAACGGUACCCCAUAUUUUCCCCAUGUUAAAGUAUUUUACUAGUUUUGUUCAUCAAAAAUGGGAACUGGAAGAUUUAAUCCCUUUGAUUCCAUCAAGAAUGCCAGUAUUAUUAUUAAGUGCUCGUAAUGAUGAAAUUGUUCCUCCAGAUCAUAUGGAUAAAAUAUAUGAAGAUUUAAAAACUGAUCAAAAAUUUAUAUAUAAAUUUGAAGGUUCAAGUCAUAAUGAUACGGUUAUUCAACCUCAUUAUUGGGAAAGAGUUCAAGAAUUUAUUCAAGAUAAAGUUAACCCAGUAGGGUAUUAG